AUGGACCGUGCGCUUCUCCUCGCGUCCGUGAUUUGCGGGAUCCUCUUCUCGGUGUUAGGGUUGGCUUCCUUCUUCAUCCUCUGGGCUGUGAACUGGAGGCCCUGGCGAAUUUAUAGUUUUAAGAUUGAAUUGUCUGCUGCACUGUUAAUGCUGUUGGUUUCUGUUACCAGUAGCUUGGAAUUUCUUUACAUGGGAAAUCGCUGUGGGGGUACGAGUUCGUUGGUUCCUUGUAUUGAUGUUUUGCUGUCUUUUACUCUGCGGUUCCUUUUAAGUAUUUUUGUCGGAAUCCACGUGAAGAUGCAUGCUAGUAAUGCUGUAACGGCUAGUGUUGACAGUAGAGUAUCGCUUGGGGGAUGGGUGCCAAGUAAGGGUCACCCAUCAUAUAUACCAAGACCAAUGAUGCUGAGUGUGAGGGGGUAUGUUGGGAAAAUCCCCUUGGAGGCAACUGGAAGCAUCAUGAUCAAACAUGAAACAGAGUUGCUACUGAAUAGAGUCAUGUCUACGAUCACCAAGAAAUCUGUGGCCACUAGGGUGACCCUGGCGACCACUGGGGACAGGAAGAAGCCUCUCAUUAUGACUAGUGAGGGUGACAAUUUGGGAUUCAUUCUAAUGAGAUACACCGGAAAUGGUGAAAGUGGAACUAGGAAUACGCUCAAUUUUUUGUUGGAUCUUUGCUCGGAAAUGGCCAAAUAUCUUGCAAGGUCCUCAACUCCAUUUGCUCUGUGGUUUCCUGAAUCUUUCUGCAUGGGUUGUCGUUGUUUCACCAAUUCUGGUGCUUAUCAUUUGGGGCUCCUGGUUGAUUGUGAUACUGGGUCGGGACCUGAUUGGUUUGGCUGUAAUAAUGGCUGGCACUGCUCUUCUAUUGGCAUUUUAUUCAAUUAUGCUGUGGUGGAGAACUCAGUGGCAAAGCUCAAAAGUGGUGGUGUAGAAGAGGAUGUUGGGUGCAUUGGGGCUGUCGCAAUCUUGCUUCUUUUGGCUGUUGCUUUACUCUGUGCAUAUGAACUUUGUGCUGUAUAUGUUACAACUGGAUCACGAGCGUCUGACCGAUAUUCUCCAUCUGGGAAUGGCUUGGAUGUGGAUGAAUAUGUGCGAAGGGCAUACAAGUUUGCUUAUUCAGAUUGUAUUGAAGUAGGUCCUGUGGCAUGUUUACCUGAACCCCCAGACCCUAAUGAGUUGUAUCCUCGGCAAUCUAGAAGGGCUUCUCAUCUUGUACUGCUCUAUCUUGGCUCACUAUUUGUUCUGUUAGUAUACUCCAUCUUGUAUGGUCUCACAGCUAAAGAGGAAAAUUGGCUUGGAGCAAUUACAUCAGUUGCUGUUAUUAUUCUUGACUGGAAUUUGGGAGCUUGCCUGUAUGGUUUUCAACUUCUUGACAGUCGUGUUGCAGCACUGUUUAUUGCUGGAACAUCUCGUGUGUUUCUUAUCUGUUUUGGAGUACAAUAUUGGUAUUUAGGGCAUUGUAUCAGCUAUGCUGUUAUGGCAACUGUAUUACUGGGAGCAGCUGUUUCUCGCCAUUUGUCAGCCACAAACCCAUUGGCUGCAAGGAGAGAUGCUUUACAAAGCACUGUAGUUCGCCUGAGAGAAGGGUUUCGUAAAAAGGAGCACAACAGUUCAUCUAGCUUUUCUGAAGGCUGUGGCUCAAGUAUGAAACGAAGUAGUAGUGUUGAAGCCGGUAAUCUUGGUAAUGUAAUUGAAGCUGGCAGAGUAUUGGCUGCAGGUGAUGGGAGCAAUUGGAAUAAUUUGCUGUCUCAAACUGCUAGUUUGCCAGAUGGAAUAAAUAGUGAUAAAAGCAUAGAUAGCGGAAGGUCAAGUUUAGCAUUACAUAGCAGCUCUUGUCGCUCAGCUGUUCAUGAACCAGAAGGUGGAACAUCAUCUGAUGAUAGAAAUUUGGAUCACAACAAUUCUUUGGUGGUUUGUUCUAGUAGUGGUCUUGAUAGUCAAGGGAAUGACUCUAGUGCGUCAAACUCUGCAAAUCAACAAACACUGGAUUUGAAUUUGGCACUUGCUUUCCAAGAAAGGUUGAAUGACCCUAGGAUCGCAACUAUGCUGAAAAGAAGGACAAGACAAGGUGAUCGAGAACUUAGUAGUUUAUUACAAGAUAAAGGAUUGGAUCCAAAUUUUGCUAUGAUGUUAAAAGAGAAAAGUCUAGAAUUAGAUCCAACUAUCCUGGCAUUGUUGCAAAGAAGUAGCAUGGAUGCAGAUAGAGAUCAUAAUGAAAAUACUGAUAAUGCCAGUGUUGACCAUGCCAUACCAAAUCAAAUUUCUUUAUCUGAAGAGCUGAGGCUACAUGGGCUUGAAAAGUGGCUUCAGUUGUGCAGACUUGUAUUGCAUCACAUUACCGGUACUCCAGAACGAGCAUGGGUUCUGUUUAGUUUUAUUUUCAUACUUGAAACCAUCAUUGUUGGCAUAUUUCGUCCAAAAACAAUCAAAAUUAUCAAUGCAACGCAUCAGCAGGUGAGUACUGAGUCUUUCCCCAUAAUAUUUCUUCUUUGUUUUGGGAGACUGAAAUACAUACUUUUAUUCUGGAAGUCUUUUGAGUUUGGAUUGGCGGUGCUCCUGUUGUCUCCUGUGAUAUGUUCAAUCAUGGCUUUCCUUCGAUCACUUACGGCAGAAGAAAUGUCAAUGACAUCAAAACCAAGGAAGGUAUUAACUUUAGAUGAGAGUGCUAACGUUACUGGUGCUGUACUGAUACCAAUGUUAUGCCCAUAUACGCCGUUGGGGUGUGCAAUUUUCUGUCAUGGGCUGAGCCGGGUAGGACACCAAGCACUACUAUUGCUCAAAUCAUCUGUUCUCCUUGGUAUAUCCUUAACUGUGCCACUAAUGGUGGCAUGCCUUUCUGUUGCCAUUCCCAUAUGGAUUUGUAAUGGGUACCAAUUUUGGGUUCCCCGUGUAAAUUGUACCGGAAGUGCUGGAAAUGACCGAAUGCCUCGAACAAAGGAGACAUCACUGGAAUCACCUCAUAGUGCCACGGUUCUGUCUGCUAUGCCAAACCACUCUGCUAUGGGCUAUAUCAGCUCUUGUAGUGGGAAGGGUAUUUUUCUUAUCAUCUGUAUGUCAGUAUUUGUUGGAUCCGUACUGGCUUUGGGAGCAAUAGUUUCUGCUAAGCCUUUAGAUGAUUUAAGGUACAAGGGAUGGAAUGGUGAUCCAAAAGUCUUGGGUUCCCCAUACACAUCAUCUGUUUUUCUUGGCUGGGCAAUGGCAUCUGCAAUUGGUUUAGUUGUUACUAGCGUGCUUCCAAUAAUUUCAUGGUUUGCAACAUAUCGGUUCUCCCCUUCCUCUGCUAUCUUUAUUGGACUUUUUGCAGUUAUCCUUGUAGCAUUUUGUGGGGUGUCUUAUUUAGAAGUUAUCAAAACUAGGGAUGAACAAGUUCCAACAAAUGGUGAUUUUUUAGCCGCAUUACUUCCUUUAGUCUGCAUUCCAGCGGUGCUGUCACUUUGCUGUGGAUUACUUAAGUGGAAGGAUGAUGAUUGGAAGCUUUCUCGUGGUGUAUAUAUCUUUGUUAUAAUUGGUCUUUUGCUUCUGCUCGGUGCUAUUUCAGCUUUGAUAGUUGUUGUCAAGCCUUGGACUAUAGGGGUAGCAUUUCUUUUGGUUCUUCUCCUUCUGGUGUUAGCUAUUGGUGCCAUUCACCACUGGGCAUCAAACAAUUUUUAUUUAAGCCGGACACAGAUGGUCUUUGUUUGCUUCCUUGCUUUUCUGUUGGCUUUGGCUGCAUUUCUUGUUGGAUGGUUUGAAGGUAAACCAUUUGUUGGUGCAUCGGUUGGUUAUUUUUCUUUUCUUUUUCUUCUUGCUGGACGGGCAUUGACUGUUCUGCUUUCAAAUCCCAUUGUUGUAUAUUCUCCUCGAGUUUUGCCAGUGUAUGUGUAUGAUGCUCAUGCAGAUUGUGGAAAGAAUGUCAGUGUGGCCUUUCUCAUGCUAUAUGGGAUUGCCCUGGCAACCGAAGGCUGGGGGGUUGUUGCAAGUCUAAAGAUUUAUCCACCCUUUGCUGGUGCAGCUGUAUCAGCAAUUACACUAGUUGUUUCAUUUGGGUUUGCUGUAUCCCGUCCUUGCCUAACUCUUAAGAUGAUGGAAGAUGCUGUACAUUUUCUCGGUAAAGAAACUGUUAUUCAAGCAAUUGCUAGAUCAGCCACAAAGACCAGAAAUGCAUUAUCUGGAACCUACUCAGCACCCCAAAGGUCGGCUAGUUCUGCUGCACUUUUGAUUGGGGACCCUACCAUUAUGCGUGAUAGGGCAGGAAAUUUUGUGCUUCCCAGAGCUGAUGUGAUGAAACUGAGAGACCGCUUGAGAAACGAAGAAUUAGUUGCUGGUUCGUUCUUUAGUAGGCUAAGAUAUCAAAGGACAUUUCGCCAUGAGCCAACCAGUGAUGUGGAUUAUAGAAGAGUCAUGUGUGCUCAUGCUCGAAUUCUGGCACUAGAAGAGGCCAUUGAUACAGAGUGGGUGUACAUGUGGGACAAGUUUGGAGGUUAUUUGCUUUUGUUGCUUGGUUUGACUUCUAAGGCAGAACGAGCACAGGAUGAGGUCCGUUUGAGACUCUUUCUUGACAGCAUUGGAUUUUCUGAUUUAAGUGCUAAGAAAAUAAAGAAGUGGAUGCCAGAAGAUCGCAGGCAAUUUGAAAUCAUUCAGGAGAGUUACAUAAGAGAAAAGGAGAUGGAAGAGGAAGUCUUCAUGCAGAGGCGUGAAGAGGAGGGGAGAGGGAAAGAGAGGAGGAAGGCCUUACUUGAAAAAGAGGAACGUAAAUGGAAAGAGAUAGAAGCUUCGUUGCUUUCCUCCAUUCCUAAUGCUAGCAGCAGAGAGGCUGCUGCCAUGGCAGCAGCAGUACGUGCAGUUGGAGGUGAUUCAGUUUUAGAUGAUUCUUUUGCUAGAGAGAGGGUUUCAAGCAUUGCUCGAAGAAUUCGUGCUUCACAGUUGUCUAGACGGGCACUUCAGACGGGAGUGACAGGUGCCAUAUGUGUUCUUGAUGAUGAGCCUACAGCCAGUGGCAGGCAUUGUGGUCCAAUUGAUUCCAGUUUAUGUCAAAGUCAAAAAGUUAGCUUCUCUAUUGCAUUGAUGAUACAACCUGAAUCUGGUCCUAUAUGUCUCUUGGGUACCGAGUUUCAGAAAAAGAUAUGCUGGGAAAUUCUUGUGGCUGGAUCUGAACAAGGUAUUGAGGCUGGACAAGUUGGGCUUAGAUUGAUUACUAAAGGUGAUAGGCAAACCACUGUUGCAAAGGAGUGGAGUGUUAGUGCAACGAGUAUUGCAGAUGGAAGGUGGCAUAUUGUAACCAUGACAAUUGAUGCUGAUUUAGGUGAAGCAACAUGUUAUUUAGAUGGUGGAUUUGAUGGAUACCAGAAUGGAUUACCAUUGUGUGUGGGUAGCAGCAUUUGGGAAGAGGGGACAGAAGUGUGGGUUGGUGUUAGACCUCCAACAGAUAUUGAUGCAUUUGGUAGAUCAGACAGUGAAGGGGUUGAAUCUAAGAUGCAUAUUAUGGAUGCUUUUCUCUGGGGAAGGUGCUUAACUGAUGACGAGGUUUCUUCUCUCUAUACGUCAAUGGCUUCAGCGGACUUUGGUGCACUUGAUUUCCCUGAAGAUAAUUGGCAGUGGGCGGAUUCACCUUCUAGGGUUGAUGGUUGGGACAGUGAUCCUGCCGAUGUAGAUUUAUACGACAGAGAUGAUGUAGACUGGGAUGGACAAUAUUCUAGUGGGAGGAAGAGAAGGUCUGAGCGUGAUGGCAUGGUGGUGGAUAUUGAUUCCUUUUCGAGGAAAUAUAGAAAACCUAGAAUAGAAACACAAGAAGAGGUUAUUCAACGGAUGCUAUCAGUUGAAUUAGCCAUCAAAGAAGCUCUAUUUUCUAGAGGAGAGACACGCUUUACUGAUCAGGAAUUUCCUCCCAAUGAUCACUCAUUGUAUGUGGACCCUGCAAACCCCCCUGCAAAGUUACAGGUUGUUUCCGAAUGGUUGAGGCCAGGUGAAAUUGCCAGACAAAACCAUUUUGACUGUCGUCCAUGCCUAUUUUCAGGAGCUCCAAAUCCUUCCGAUGUUUGUCAGGGCCGUUUAGGUGAUUGUUGGUUUUUGAGCGCUGUUGCUGUUCUGACAGAGGUUUCACGUAUAUCGGAGGUAAUCAUCACACCAGAUUACAACGAGGAGGGAAUUUACACUGUUCGCUUCUGUGUUCAGGGUGAGUGGAUUCCCGUUGUUGUUGAUGAUUGGAUUCCUUGUGAAUUACCGGGUAAACCUGCAUUUGGUACUAGUAAGAAGAGUUAUGAACUUUGGGUCUCUAUAUUGGAGAAGGCAUAUGCAAAGUUGCAUGGCUCUUACGAAGCACUAGAAGGUGGUCUUGUUCAGGAUGCUCUGGUGGAUCUUACAGGGGGUGCAGGGGAGGAAAUUGACAUGAGGAGUGGUGAAGCCCAGAUUGACCUUGCAAGUGGCAGAUUGUGGUCUCAACUGUUGCGCUUCAAGCAAGAAGGUUUUCUCUUGGGUGCAGGAAGUCCUUCGGGUUCUGAUGUGCACAUAUCUUCUAGUGGCAUUGUGCAAGGACAUGCAUACUCAAUACUGCAGGUAAGAGAGGUGGAUGGUCAUAAACUUGUUCAGAUCCGAAAUCCAUGGGCCAACGAAGUUGAGUGGAAUGGUCCCUGGUCUGACUCAUCGCCUGAAUGGUCGGACAGGAUAAAGCACAAGCUGAAGCAUGUCCCGCAGUCAAAAGAUGGUAUAUUUUGGAUGUCUUGGCAAGAUUUUCAGAUUCAUUUUCGAUCAAUCUAUAUCUGUCGUAUCUAUCCAUCAGAGAUGCGUCAUUCUGUCCAUGGCCAAUGGCGUGGUUACAGUGCCGGUGGGUGUCAAGAUUAUGAUACAUGGAAUCAAAAUCCGCAGUUCAGACUGACUGCAACUGGGCAAGACGCAUCAUUUCCAAUCCAUGUAUUCAUAACCUUAACUCAGGGAGUAGGAUUUUCAAGAACAACUGCUGGUUUUAGAAACUAUCAAUCAAGCCAUGAUUCACUGAUGUUCUACAUUGGAAUGAGAAUACUCAAAACUCGUGGCAGACGUGCUGCUUUCAAUAUAUACCUACAUGAAUCCGUUGGUGGGACAGACUAUGUUAAUUCUCGAGAAAUAUCCUGUGAAAUGGUUUUGGAACCUGAACCAAAGGGAUACACUAUAGUUCCCACUACUAUACACCCGGGAGAAGAAGCACCGUUUGUACUUUCUGUUUUCACCAAGGCAUCAAUAACUCUGGAAGCUUUGUAG